AUGGAACCAGUGUCGUCUCAUAUUGUUGGUGUUAAUGUGUCGUACGUAAAAGAGCAUGUGAAUAUAUUGGGAAGGAAGUACUCCAAAUUUUACAUAUUUGUUACAAAUAAAGGAACUAUUUUGUUGAAUGUAGAUGUGGAUUGUCAAGCUCCAAAUGUGAUGGAACUUACUGUAUUGUUGGAAAAAGAAGAAGAAGUUUUGUCAGUGUUACACGAUGAAUUGGAAGUGUAUAAGUUAGCAGUAAGUAUUCCUCGGGCAAGGAGUUUGAAACGAAUGGACCAUAAGAGGCCAACGGAAUUAAAAAAUACUGGAUUCGAACACGGGCAGGUCACCAGAUUUAUAUCACAUAAAAAUGAAAAAUCAAUGAUAAAGAAUCUGUCUGUAGAAUUAAAGAAAAAAGUUGUGGAGGUAGAAAAUUUGGUUCAAAAACUUGAAGCCAAAGAAAUUGAGUUGUCGAAUGCAGUUCACGCAAACACCUUAAAACAGAGACAUAUUGAUUAUUUGGUGGGAGCUAUGGCAAAAGAACGUGACACAAUGAAUGAUAAAUUAUUGACAUUAAAUAAUCUUUUGGUUCAGAAAACGUUGGAAUGUGAUCAGUUGAAUUCAGAAGAUAAAGCCUCGAAAACGAUUGUUUUGACAGUCACCGAUGAAUCCAAUGCAAAUGUUACGAAAGAAAAACUUGUUAAUGAUUUCAUGGAAAAUGUAACGAAGGAGUUAUCAAAGCGAAAUGAAGAAGAAAAGUCGCUUGCUUCUAGGCUAUCUAUUUUAGUUGAUGAGAAUGACACGUUACGUUCGUCACUCAUUACUUUGGGUGCAGCAGAACUUUCGCCACAGUGCAAAAAACUGCUCGAGCAGCAACAUAACUUUAUCGAAACAUUGAAAUCUGAAUGGGAAAUUUUGACACAUCGUUUGAUGAAAGAACGAGCUGAACACAGGAAAGAACGAAAAAUAUUGAAGCGUCAAGUGCAUGAUCUCAAUCUGCGUCUCGAACUUUUUAUAUCUGGGAAGCAAGAUUUAGCUAACACAUAA